AUGAAAAAAGUUUCUUUUUUGUGCUUAUGUUGCAUCACCAUCUUGGCAACAAGUUUAAGUCUUAAUGUAGUUUCAUCACAGGACAUGGCCGUGAACGCGCCAAACAAGAUUAAAGAUAUAGAGCCGUACAUCUCUAACAGAGCCAUUGGGUUCGUUUUAAAGCUGGAGGAUGAGUGUCCUAUAAGAGAAAAGCUAAGUUCAUUCUUUGAGAAACUAAAGGAUCUCUUGAAGUUGGAGUCUUCUGUUACAUCGAUGAUCGAAGACAAUGAGCCUAAAACGUUCAUCUCCCAUAUGAAGUCUAAAGCCGAUAAUCUCCUCCAAACGAUGUUGAUGAUUGGGAGAGGACUGUUGAGUUCAAGUGUAAGGAAGGAGAUGUUUAAAGUGAUAAAAUCGCUCACUGAGUUACAUGCUGCGAUCGGUAAAGUUAUUACGGAGAAACAUAUAAAAGGGGACGGAACAAUGUCACUUUCUUUGGAACAAAAGAAUGCUGUUGAAAAUGCGGUAUCUCAAUGGGAGGUAACAAUCACCCGAAUCGUGAAGAUUGUUGUGGAAGCUAAGUCGACAAGUUCAAGUGGGACUUCAGGUGAAGAGAGCAGCACUACUGAAAAAAACAGUACUUCAGUGAAUAAAUCCAUGUUGGAAUCAAAUAAAAGAAAUUCUGGAUCCAUGCAAGAAAAUUCAAAUGGAGUUAAUGAAAGCAAUGAAGAUUCCAGAAAUGAUGUAGCUAUGGAGGCCAAAGAAGGCAAUAGAGUGGAAGAUGUUAAAGGAGGUAAUGAAGUUUUUUCUAUGAAUGGAGAAACAAUGCAUACUAAAAGUGGAAAUGAUGUUUCUAAUAAGGAGAAGGAAGUAGAGGUUCAAGGAGAAAGUAUUGGAGACUCCACUAAAGAUGUAAAUUUGGAUAAUAAAGAAGAUCUUAAAAGAGAAGUUGGUGCUAAGAAUGAUGGAAGUUCCAUGACUGAAAAGUCAGAAACUCAAAGAAAUGAUAAAGAAUCUACAAAAAAUACUAACUUAGAGAACGAAGGAAAAGGAAGAAAUACUGGAGAUUCACACACUGACAAGAAUUUGGAUACUAAAGAGGAUGUUAAGUCGGAGGUUGAUGCUAGAAAUGAUGGAAGUUCCAUGACUGAAAAUUCGGAAGGCAUUCAAGUAAACAAUGAUGUUUUUACAAAGGAUACUAACUUGAAGAACAAAGAGAGUGGGGCUAGAACAAAUGAUGAAGAUCACACAAAAGAUAAUGGGGAAGAGACUCCAGAAAAUAAUGGAGAAAAUGUUAAAGAUGUAAACUUGGAGAACAACAAAGAUAAUAAAGAAGUGAAGGAUAAUGGAUUGGUAGAGACUAGUACAAAUCAUGAAAAUUCUAGUGAAGAAAAGAGAGAACAUACUCAAGGAGGCACUGACGUCUCUAUGAAUGGAGAAGUAAUGCAUGCCAAAGGUGAAAAUGUAAAUUCUAAUAAGGAGAAUGAAAUAGAGUUUCCAGGAGAAAGUAUUGGGAACUCUACCAAAGAUAUAAAUUUGGAGAACAAAGAAGAUGUUAAGUCGGAGGUAGAGACUAAUAAAAAUGAUGAAAGUUUCAUGAAGGAGAAGCAAAGAAAUUCUCAAGGAAAUGAUCGAAUUUCAACAAAAGAUCAAAACGUGGAGAGCAUAGGAGCACCUGAAGAGAUUACAAAUCACAAAACAGUAGAGACUAUGAAAAAUAAUGGAGAUCACGUGAAGGAAAAUAGGGAAGAAAACAAUGGAGAAUCAAUGAAGGAUGCGGAUUUAGAAAACAAUGAGGAUAAAAAAGAAUUGAAGGACAAUGGAAUAGUAGAGACAAAGACAAGUAAUGAAAGUUCUGUAAAAGAAAAGCAGGAAGAGGCUCAAGGAAGUAAUGAAGUUUCAAUGAAUGGUCAAAUGGAUUAUUUAGGUGAAAAUGUUGAUUCUAAUAAUAAGAAGGUUGUAGAGUUUAGAAAAGGACAUGCUGAAGACUCAAAUAAGGAUUCUAAUUCAAAGGCAGAGGCAAUAAGAAAUGAUGGUAAUUCUACGAAAGGGAAGGGAGAAGAGGCGGAAGGGAAAAAUGGAGUUUCAACAGAAGAUAAGAAAUUAGAGAACAUCAAAGGUGAACAAGAGUUAAAUAACAAUAUACCGGUAGAGACGAAGACCGACAAAGAAACUACUUCGGAAGAAGAGAAAGAGAAGAAUCAUGUAAACAAUGACAAGUCCACAUAUGGUGCAGAUAAUAAAGAGUCUAAAGAUGUUAAGUUGGAAGAGGCUAGAGAAAAUAAGAAAGAGAAUACAGAUAAUAAGUGGGGAGAGGCUAAGGAAAAUGAAGAAAGUUUUAUGGGGGAACACCAAAAAGAGGUUAGCGUUGACAAAAAAGGAGAUAAUAAAGAGAUUAUUGAUGAAAAAUCGUUGGAAUCUAAAGAAAAUAAGAAAAAAUUCAUGCAGGAAAACCAAGAAGAAACUCCAAGAAGUAGUACUGGAGACAUUACUAAGGUAAAUAACAAAGAAGAUAAGAAAAAGUCAAAGGAUAUUGGAUCAACCGAGGCUAAUGAAAAUAAUGAGAGUACUAUGAAAGAAAGUCAUCAAGACUCUCAUGGAAAAGGUGAUGAAUACACAGACCUAGACAGUAAAGAAGGUAAGGAUGAUGGAUCUAUAGAGACUACGGAAAAUAAGGAAAGUUCUACGAAUAAAAUGCAAGAACAAGUGCAAGGAAGCAGUAGAGAUACAAUUAAGGUACACAAAAACGAACCUAUAGAGGCGAGGCCAAUAGAGAGUAUAGAAAAAGAUGUUCAAAAAGGAGGUGGAGACCCAAUGCAAUACAAAAAAGACAAGAACAAAAAUACAAGUGAUGUUAACUCAGAAAAAAUAGAUAAAGAGAAGAAAAGGUAUGGAAACAGUAAACCAAAGAAAAAACAGAAGAAAGAAAAUGAAGACCAUAAAUCCAAGAAAAUUGAAGAAAAUAAGAAGAAAAUAUACAAUAAAAGUAUAUCCAACAACAACAAAGAAGAGAAAAAGAAGCAGAAAGAACACAAAGAACACAAGUCCAAAAAAGAAGAAGAAGAAAAAAGGAAAGAGAACGAAAGAAACAAAUUAAAGAAUGAAGAAGAGAGAAAAAAUAAAAAAGAAGACGAAGUACGAAUAUCCAAAAAGAAAAAAGAAGAGAAAAGGAGAGAGCAUGAGAAAAACAUAUCAAAGAAAAAUGAAGAAGAGAAAAGGAAGCAGAAAGAGCAGGAAGAACACAUAUCCAAAAAGAAAGAAGAAGAGAAAAGGGAAGAACACAAAAGAAUCAAAUUAAAGAUUGAAGAAGAGAAAAAGAAGCAAAAAGAGCACGGAGAACACAUAUUCAAAAAGAAAAAAGAAGAGAGAAGGAAAGAACACGAAAGAAACAAAUUGAAGAAAAAAGAAGAAGCUAAAAAGAAACAUAAAGGGUAUGAAGAACACAUAACCAAAAAGAAAGAAGAAGAAGAGAAAAGAAAAGAGCACGACAAAAACAAACUGAAGAAUGAGGAAGAGAAAAAGAAGCGGAAAGAACAUCAAGAACACAAAUCAAAAAAGAAAGAAGAAGAGAAAAUGAAAAAACACGAAAGAAACAAAUUAAAGAAUAAAGAAGAGAAAAAGAAGCAAAAAGAGGACAAAGAACAAAUGUCCAAAAAGAAAGACAUUGAGAAAAGGAGAGAGCAUGAGAGAAACAAAUCGAAGAAAGAUGAAGAAGAGAAAAAGAGGCAGAAAGAAUACAAAGAACACAUAUCCAAAAAGAAAGAAGAAAAGAAAACAAAAGAGAACGAAAGAAACAAAUUAAAGAAUAAGGAAGAGAAAAAGAAGCAAAAAGAGCACGGAGAACACAUAUCCAAACAGAAAGAAGAAGAAAGAAGGAAAGAGCACAAAAGAAACAAAUCAAAGAAAAAAGAAGAGGAUAAAAAGAAGCAUGAAGAACACAUAACAAAAAAAGAAGAAGAAGAAGAGAAAAGAAAAAAGCACGAAAAAAACAAAUUGAAGAAUGAAGAAGAUAAAAGGAAGCAGAAAGAGCACAUCUCCAAAAAGAAAGAAGAAGAGAAAAAGAAAGAGCACAAAAAAAAUAAACUGAAGAAUGAAGAAGAGAAACCGAAACAUAAAGAUCACGAAGAACACAUUUCCAAAAUGAAAGAUGAAGAGAAAAGAAAAGAACACGAAAGGAACAAAUCAAAGAAAAAUGAAGAAGAGAAAAAGAAGCAGAAAGAGUACGAAGAACACAUAUCCAAAAAGAAAGAAGAAGAAAAGAAAAGGGAAGAGCACGAAAGAAACAAAUUAAAAAAUGAAGAAGAAAAAAAGAAGCAAAAAGAACACGAAGAACACAUAUCCAAAAAGAAAGAAGACAAGAAAAGGCAAGAACACGAAAAAAACAAAUCAAAGAAAAACGAAGAAGAGAAAAAGAAGAAAAAAGAAUAUGAAGAACACAUAACCAAAAAGAAGGAAGAAGAGAAAAGAAAGGAGCACGAGAAAAAGAAAUUGAAAAAUGAAGAAGAUAAAAAGAAGCAGAAAGAUCACGAAAAACACAUUUCCGAAAUGAAAGAGGAUGAGAAAAAGAAAGAGCACGAAAGAAACAAAUCAAAGAAAAAUGAAGAAGAGAAAACGAAAAUAUCUAGUGAUGAUAAGUCAAAAAAUCAAAAAACGGAAAUGCUAACAAAUGCUGAAAAAAAGGGUGAGAAAAAAGAAAAAGAAUUGCAAGCAGAGACUCCAGUACAGAGUGAGGAAUCAGAAAAAGAAAUGCAAGCAGAAGCUCCAACACAGAGUGAGGAAUCUGAAAAAGAAACGAAAGCAGAGGCUCCAGCACAGAGUGAGGAAUCUGAAAAAAAAAUGCAAGCAGAGGUUCAAGAACAGAAUGAGGAAUCUGAAAAAGAAAUGCAAGCAGAGGCUCCAGUACAGAGUAAAGAAUCUGAAAAAGAAAUGCAAACAGAGGCUCCAGCACAGAGUGAGGAAUCUGAAAAAGAAAUGCAAGCAGAGGCUCCAGCACAGAGUGAGAAAUCUGAAAAAGAAAUGCAAGCAGAGGCUCCAGCACAGAGUGAAGAAUCUGAAAAAGAAAUGCAAACAGAUGUUCAAGAACAUAAUGAGGAAUCUGAAAAAGAAAUGCAAGCAGAGGCUCCAACACAGAGUGAAGAAUCUGAAAAAGAAAUGCAAACAGAGGUUCAAGAACAUAAUGAGAAAUCUGAAAAAGAAAUGCAAACAAAGGAUCAAGAAAAUAAUGAAGAAUCAAAGAAAGAAAUGCAAACAAAGGCUCACACAGAAAAUGAGGAAUCUGAGAAAGAAAUGCAAGCAGAAGCUCAGGCAAGGAGUGAGGAAUCAAAGAAAGAAAUGCAAGCAGAAGCUCACGCAAGAAAUGAGAAGUUUAAGAAAGAAACUCAGGCAAAAAGUGCAGAAUCUGAAGAAAAAAAGCAAUCAAUGAGUGAAGAAAAAAAUGAAGAUUCUUCGAUGAAAAAACAAGAAGAAAUUCAAGAAACAGAUGUGGGUGAGCAGAAAGAUCAAACUGUUGCUAAAGACGAAGACUCCACAAAUAGCAAAACAACUGAAAUCAACGAAGGUUCAGAAGAAAGCUCCAAAGAUGGUAAUACAACUGAAGUUAAUGGAAGUAAGGAUAACUCAAUGGAGGAAGGUACAGUUGAAACAAGUGGAGUCAAAGAAGAUUCCAUGAAAGAUAAGGCGACGGAGGUUCAAGGAAACAAUAAAAGCUCCACAAGCGAUACAUCAAUGGCGACAGAGGUUCAAGGGCAUAAUAAUAGCUCCACAAGCAAUACAACAAUGGAUGUUAAAGGAGGCAACAUAGACAUCAAUGAAGAUUCUGCAAAGAAUAAGACAACGGAAGCCCAAGGUGGAGGUGCUGGUGACUCAACGAAUGGUGAAACAGAAGAGACUACAGAGACUAAUGAUUCCAUGAACAACCAAAACAUGCAGCACGUUGAAGGAGACAACAUAGACAUCAAUGAAGAUUCUACAAAGAAUAAUACUAUGGAAGCUCAAGGUGGUAGUAGUGGAGACUCAACGAAUGGUGAAACAGAAGAGACUACAGAGAGUAAUGAUUCUAUGAACAACCAAAACGUGCAGCAUGGAGAAAACAAUGCAAAUUCCAUGAAUAACCAAACAGCAGAAAGUUCCACAACGGAGCAACAAGUGACAUCAGAUAUCGAGAGCAGUACUUCAAAAGAAGUCACGAGUUUCAUAUCAAACCUUGAGCACAAAUCUCCAGUAACACAAGAGUUCCAGAGCUUCUUCCAGAAGCUUAAAGACUACAUGAAAUACGCAUGGCCGGUGUCUUCAACAUUUGAGGCAACGGACUCAAGAUCCUACAUGAGUGAGAUGACAAAUAUGGCAACAAAAGUCUCAGAUGCUAUGGCUGUCUUGCAAGCCAAGAAACUUGGCUCAGGACUGAUGAAAACAACACUACAAGGAUAUCAACAAGAGGUGAUGAAGACUCUUACCAUCUUGCAAUCGGUAAUAAGCAAAGCAGUGUCGGGACAACGAAGCCAGAAUUCUGGUUCCUUGACGCUUACGCUAUCACAGCAACAAGCAAUUAAGGAAAUAACUUCGAAAUGGGAACAAGUGAUGACUCAAUUCGUGAGAGUUGCUACGGAGAGUGAGAAACAAUUUUCAAUGGACAUUUCUACUGGAAACGGCUUUCAUAUGAAGAAGAGUUUUAGCUCUAGCUCUAGUAGUAGCUCGAGUUCAAGUCCGGGUUUGGAUUUCAAUCUCAACGGUGAAAACCGGAUAUGGUAGAUGUGAAUAGUUAGAGAGUACAUUAUGUAGAUAAAAAUAUAAAUUAUGAUUCACUAGAAACUGUAUUCUGUUGUAAGAUAAACCCAAGUUGUCUUGAGGUUUUAGAUUUUUAGUUCUUGGGUGGGUGCAAUAUAGCUCAGAAUACAAACUGUGAACUUGCAUGUACAUUUUUUCUCGUGAAUAUGCAAGUAAACGAAGAAGCGGAUAU